UUGAGCCUCUUCUUUGUCUUCCGGUCCAGGUGGGAAACAUGGCGGCUGAGGGAGAUGUGGAGUUGGAGCUUGAAACUGAGGAAAAUUGCAGUGAGCGACCUGCAGACAAACCGCGUAAACAUGACAGUGGAGCUGCUGACUUGGAAAGGGUCACUGAUUAUGCCGAAGAAAAAGAGAUUCAGAGCUCCAACCUGGAGACGGCCAUGUCUGUGAUUGGUGACAGGAGAUCAAGAGAGCAGAAAGCAAAACAAGAAAGAGAAAAAGAGCUGGCCAAAGUUACAAUUAAGAAAGAAGAUGUGGAACUAAUUAUGCAUGAAAUGGAGAUUCCACGAACAGCAGCAGAAAGAAGCUUGCGAGAACACAUGGGAAAUGUAGUGGAGGCUCUCAUCGCUCUCACCAACUGAGACAUUGAUCCUUAAAUUAAAAUAGUCUUUCCAUGAUUUACACAAGCAGUUAUCUUAUAAACAUAGAGCUGGAUGUACUGUUAUGGAGAGUCUUAGAAAAUGCUGAUUAAGCAUUUGUUGUUUUUCAUUGUUAAAAAAAAAAAGGGGGACAAAUUACAGGGAUAUGGUGGGUUGUACUCUUUACCAAAUGUUCUAAUUUAUUUAGAAUAAAACGUCUUUCUAAAAACUA